AAGAGGAGGAGGAAGGCAUGGAGGGAGGGGGAUAGAGAGAGGAAAGAGAGGGAGAGGAGAGAGGGUGUCCCGUCUGCACUGAGCCUCAGACAGACAGUAGGGAACAGCUGCAGCACGCGCUUCGCCUAGGAUUUCACUGCACUGCAAUUUCAAAUAUCAGCCGUUUUCCUCCACGAAGUCCACGUCGCGCAGCUCGACCGAGCAAAGCCCCCCGUCCCCUCCCAGCACUAACCAGUAGAGAAAAUGGUCGACCGCGAGCAGCUGGUGCAGAAAGCCAGGCUGGCCGAGCAGGCAGAGAGAUAUGAUGAUAUGGCAGCAGCCAUGAAGUCGGUGACGGAGUUGAAUGAGGCUCUGUCCAAUGAAGAGAGGAACCUGCUGUCCGUGGCUUACAAGAACGUGGUGGGAGCCCGCCGCUCCUCCUGGAGGGUGAUCUCCAGCAUAGAGCAGAAAACCUCCGCUGAUGGCAACGAGAAAAAGAUCGAGAUGGUGCGGGCCUACCGGGAGAAGAUUGAGAAAGAGCUGGAGGCCGUGUGCCAGGACGUGCUCAACCUCCUGGACAACUUCCUGAUCAAGAACUGCAGCGACACGCAGCACGAGAGCAAAGUGUUCUACCUGAAGAUGAAGGGCGACUACUACCGGUACCUGGCCGAGGUGGCCACCGGCGAGAAGAGGGCCACGGUGGUGGAGUCCUCAGAGAAGGCCUACAACGAGGCCCACGAGAUCAGCAAGGAGCACAUGCAGCCCACUCACCCCAUUCGCCUGGGCCUGGCUCUCAACUACUCUGUGUUUUACUACGAGAUCCAGAACGCCCCGGAACAGGCCUGCCAUCUGGCCAAGACCGCCUUCGACGACGCCAUCGCCGAGCUGGACACCCUCAACGAGGACUCCUACAAAGACUCCACUCUCAUCAUGCAGCUGCUCCGAGACAACUUGACACUGUGGACAAGUGACCAGCAGGACGACGAGGGCGGGGAGGGCAACAACUAAAGGGAAGCCUCACCUCGAAAAUCAAAAAGUCAAAAAAAUUACGAAGGGCCGGUGGACUUUGGCAGCCGCUUUUGCCGAUGAAACUACCGCAGCAGCAGUUCUUUAUUUUUCCAUGUGUUAAAAGAAAAGAAUCAAAAAGAGAGGUGAGCGUGGGAGGUUAAAAUCUUAGUUCAAAUAUAUAUAGAAAUAUAUAUGACAGUUGAGAGGUGGGGCCUCCGUCUUCUUGGUUUUCUCUUUGACAUUUGCCAAAAACCACUGAUACGUCAGCCAGUCAGCCUGCAGUGGUUGUUGUUGGAUUGAAAUGGCAGCCUCACACUGGCAUAGGAACUGAUCUUGUUCUGUCGAGAUAAGCUGCUUACUUAGAUUUUACGUGAUAGAGAUGCAUUUGAGUCACUUGAGAGAGAAAAUGCUUGAAUGGGGAAUUAAAAAAAAAAAGAAAAAGGUCUCAGUAAAAAAAAUAAUAAACUAGGCUGCAUUGGUUCCAGUUGUAGAUGUAAGGGCCCUGAAAGCUGUUAAUGUAACUCUGACAAGUAGAAAAAUCAGCAAAAAUCCCCGAAAUUUUUACGUGAUUAUUUCAUUUAGAAAAUUUGGUCAAAAUGAGCUCGCUUACUGCUAAUUUAAAUGCUUUUGGCAUCUUACAGAUAAGUCUGUUGUGUUAUUGGAGCCACUGAUUCUUUGUGGAGGUGAGGGUUACUAAAAGGUAGAGAAUUAACGAAAUGAAUUACAAAAAUGGAAAAAAAAAGACAAAAAAACAGAUAAAAGCAGCUUCAGAGUUUGUGGUUUACUUCUGUGUUCGUUUUAUUAAAUGCACAUGCCUACUAUACUGUUUCUUCAGUGUAAGAUGACAACAAUAAUAUUGCUUAUUCAAUAUUGUGCAUGCUGGUGAUGUAUUUAUAUACAGUAGCUUGACUUUAUUAACUUAUACUGUGGGUGUUAAGUAUUCAUAUGAUUGAGAACAAAACAGGCUUUGUCUAAUGUUGAUAUUUUUUAAUUUCUAAUUUAUUUUGAUUUUAUUUUUUUAUUUUUGAUUUGCUAUACCAAAAUGGUGAUCGUAAAAAUUGACCUGUAACGGGCGUUGCUUUAGUGACAUGCAAUAUGUGUAUUUAAUUUGUUAAUGAAAGAAAAAAAAAAGGAUAAUUUACAAAAAAAAAAGAGAGAAAAAAAAAUAACCCACCAGUGCUUACUUAAUCUUACCAGCUGGUGUUUUUUUUUUCACUUUGAAGAAUGAUUAUGACAUAUUUUGUUCUUUGAACAGUAUUUACGUACUUUUUUUUCUGUCAUGCUAUCCAGUUUGAAAUGACAAUGGUGACGUUUCCAGGCUCAAUGUUUCUAUUAUGAAUCCGCCUACAUGGACCAUAUUUUGUUUCUGACGGUAUACGUUUGAUUUUUUUUUUUCUCUAUUUGUUUUUAUAACUUUUAGCUGUAUUCCUGAGUGACAAAAAUAUCUUGAAUGUGAGUCAUUAUGUAGCAGUUGCACAAGAACCGGAAUAAUAGCUAUGAUAAUAAAAAAAGAAUAUGACUACAUUAUACAUGCACCAUUUCCUCGGUGGUCCAGUGUAUUGUUGUGUUGUCACCCGUGAGCACACUUUGCGUUUACGAGGAAGCCCUUCAUUCGUAGCUCGUUUUAUUGUUUCGUGUGCUUUAUUUUCCGUGCCUGUAUCGUUUCUACAUGCCUCAUUUGCGAGUAAAUCUCUAGCAUAAAAAAAAAAAGAAGACAAAAACAAAAGGGAAUCUAUUACAGUAUUUUGGACAUCCUGCAAGCAUGUUAUAUAUAUGCACAUUAAACACUAAUG